AUGCCUUACAACGGGACUUCAAAAUCAUUCCUUCUUCUCCUCGUUCUGAACUUGGCUCUUUUUGUUUUCGGUCAAGGAGGCACCCAAUUCAUUACAGGAGUAUGCACAAGUGACGCAGAUUGCGCUUCGGGCUGCUGUGGCUUCAACACCGGCAAAUGUGCCGGGCCUGUCAUCGCGCAGGAGCGUGAUGGCGGUUGUGGAUUCGGCGAUGGUACACCAAAUGAUCGCGCUGCCCAAGCAUUCCGCAACGGUCAAGCAACCACACCCGCCACCAAUACUCCUCCAGCCAACAAUGGUAAUGCCAACACAGGAAAUACCGGCAACACCGGCAGCUCCGGCAGCACUGGUACAGGAACCCAAUUCAUCACGGGAGUCUGCACAAGUGAUGCAGAUUGUGCCUCUGGUUGCUGUGGUUUCAACACUGGAAAGUGUGCUGGUGCUAUCGUGGCUCAAGAACGGGAUGGAGGUUGUGGGUUUGGCGAUGGCACCCCCAAUGACCGUGCCGCUCAAGCUCUCCGUGGCGGUCAGGCUACAACUCCCGCCAGCUCUGCUCCUCCUGCUACUGGCAAUACCGGCAACACAGGUAGCACUGGAGGCACGGGUGGCGCAACCAACAUCAACCAAAGUGCUCCUGGAGCUCAAAAUGUUGGCAAAGGCAACGCAGCACAGUUUAUUACCGGUCAGUGUCUAAGCGACGCCGAUUGUGCAUCUGGAUGCUGUGGCUUCAACACUGGAAAGUGUGCAGGCGCGAUCAUUGCCCAGACUCGAGAUGGAGGAUGUGGCUUCGGAAAUGCUACACCCAACGACAACGCGGCCAAGGCUUUGAGAGGAGCUGGAAAGCGUGAUGUUGAGUUUACGGCAUAG